AUGACAAGAAAGAAAGUGAAGCUUGAAUGGAUAGCGAAUGACAAUGCUAGAAGACUUAGCCUCAAGAAAAGGAGGUUAGGAUUAUUAAAGAAAAUAAGUGAGCUAUCCACUCUAUGCGGUGUCAAUGCUUGUGCCAUCAUCUGUGGCCUAGACGAAAUCGAGCCAACGGUGUGGCCGUCACAUGACAUGGUACAACAACAACUUGCACAGUUCCAAAGCUUGUCAGAGUUAGAGCGACUCAAGAAAACGAUGAACCAAGAAACCUACCUCAAAGAGCAGGUUAAGAAGGCUAGAGAACAACAAAUGAAGUAUGAAAAGAGGAACAUGGAACUGGAGAUGGCCCAACUCAUGUAUCAAAUCAAUCAAGGCAAGGGGCUAGAUGAACUUAACCUUAGUGAGCUGAAUGGGUUGUCUUUGUUUGUAGAUGCGAAGAUAAAGGAGAUUAGCAAACGGAUUGAGUUUUUCCAGCAAGCUCCUUUUGCUCAUACAAGUGCCUUUCCUGAGCCACAUCUUUCUCUUUCGCCCCAGUGCCUUAUAUUAAAUGAAAUGGCUCAAACUAGCAAUGGUAAAACUAUCAAUGGCGAAGAUUGGAGCACUCCUACAGAGCCUUUGCUAUGGAGCCAAUGUUUCAUCAAUUCGAUGAACAAAAAUGAACCCAAACUUGCUAGUAAUAGAAGCACAAAGAGUGAUAUGGGCUUGCCAUAUCACCUACUAGCUGGGAGUGCUAUAGAUGAUCUAUGGCAACCAAUACACUCAUUGGCUAGCAACUUCAGUAUUGCAGCUGACAUGGGGUUGCCUCCUACAAAUUUUAUACCCCAUGGUGCAAGUGACGCAAGCCUUUGUCAUGGGAGCCUAGUCGGAGGUAGCAAUUUUGGCCCAAUUAGGACUGAUAUAGGGCUGGGACUGCACCCUUUAGGUGGACAUUUCAGAAGCAACACCGCCGGAAGUGAGAUAGGGCUGCCACAUCUUCGGCAUUCCGGUGGCAGCAGUAGUGGUGUUGGCAAGGAUAUCGAAUUGCCAUUUAAUUAG